AUCGAACCCAUCUCCAUUCUAACGCUUUUCUCCCCUCCCGUGGCGGUGGCUCAAAGCUCCAGCUUUUUUAUCAUCUCUUCCUUUGCCCCGGGUUCCUUCAGGCGUUCUUCUGCAGAUCAGCCAGUUUCAAAGAUGAAUCAUUUUAUUGUUCAGCAGAACACCUUUAUCUCAUGUGAAGAGACUAGGGGCUUUGCCUCGAUCUCUGAUCUGAAGGACCCAGUUGUCUGUCCAAAGCCCAGGCGACUCGCGAUUCUUGCCAACAAUCAUGUUAAGCAGCCCUUAAGAUGGCACCAAACUGAGGUUUGUGAUUCAAAAGCUGGGGCAGAUCUCCUUGACAUCAUUUUAAAGAAGGGGUCGGAACAAUCUAGCGGCCAUGUAGCUUCGUCACCCCCAUUUUAUAGUGGGUCUCCGCCGAGCCGAGCUUCGAACCCAUUAAUCCAGGAUGCCCGGUUUGGGGAUGAGAAACUGAGUACUAUGCCAGCAUUGCCCCCGGCAUAUUCCCCGUCAGGUCUCUCAUCCCCAUCCUCGACAUCAUCAUCAUCAGCCCACAAGGGAGGAGGGUGUGCGAGGAUGAAGUUCGGCCUAAAGCCGGCUGCAGUUAGAGUAGAAGGAUUCGAUUGUCUUAGUAGGGACCGCCAGAAUUCUAGGAUCCCUGCAGUUGCUUAAAAAAAAAACCUCCAUCAAGGGAAAGUGUAAAUAGAGAAUGGAGCUAAAAGUGCAACAAAACUUUUCAACAACCACAGGCAAGACUUUUUAACAACCAGAGGGAAAAAAGUUUCCAAAUAGGAGAUGCAAGAGGAUUUGAGAUCCAUCAUCUGUAGUGUAAAUAUAAGAAAAAUGUUUUUGCUGGUGAUCAUCCAAAUUUGAUUUUUUUUUGUUCUUUUUUCUUUUUUGGGUUCUCUCUUAUAAGGUAGCUUGUGGGACAGUGGGGGGUGGGUUGAGAGACAAACAAGCCUUGUGUUGUAGAGAAAAGGUUUGGUUGAAUCUUGAUGUGUGUGUUUGGGAAGGAGGGGCUUUUUGUAUUAUAUAAAAAUUGGCUACUGUUUGGAGGGAAAAGAGAGAGGGGAGUGAGGAGUGAGUGUUUGUUCAUGUAUUUUUUUGAUGGUCACCAUGAGUUUUCAUGUAUAGAGUUUUUGUUGUUUGGUUGGUUUCUGGUCCAUUUGCCAUGUAAAUGUAUUCUGCUCAUUAUUUAUCCUAUCAUCUUAUUGUAUUA